AUGGUUGAGCUUAUCUCUCCCCCCGAUCCUCAUACUUUGCUCCCUCCUCUCCUAGCUUGCCUUCCCACAGCGUUUGUCUCGACCCGCCCUCCGCCAGUGCUUCUACCCCUCUUAUCACCUAUUCUCCGACAGCGUGUUCAGAUCCUCAGUUCAGUCUCUACAUCUCCGACCGAGUCAUGGUUGCGGUUACUAUGUUGGGAUUCCGAAAAGGCAGAGCGUCUUCAAGCGCUGGUGGAUGGCGCGGAUUUCGAGUCUCACCCAGUGUCGGGGGAGAUAGAACUCCCAGAAGAAGUUCAUGUUGCAUACAAACGGGUGGAUGAGGAGACAUUGCACUCGCGAAUUCUGUUACCGGAAUACGGCUUGAAGGCUAUAUAUCUCUGGUGUCGCAGUGAUCAGGACGGAGGUGGACCCGGAUGGCGUGUGGCUGAAUUGAUGCCCCAUGAAGGCGGCGCCGAAAACGACGGGGUCUGGUCAUUCUCAAUCGGGGAGGCGAACGCUCAGGCAAAGGAACAAAUGUUGGAGGAUGCUCUUAGAGAGGCAGAGCGGGAUCAAAAGGUCGCCCCACACACCCAGGAGAAGAACGAUGAGGAGGACGAUGACGAUGGUUAUUGGGCUCGGUACGAUGCUACACCUGGCCGAACGCCUUCCGUCAAGACCCCUGCCCCUAACCAACUGUCGUCUCUCCACCGCCAGGAUACGUCCGAAGCGUCGUAUUUUUCACGCUACGCUGAUGUGCAACCGGCAAUGGAUAACCACGACCCAUCAGAGGAGCAAUCGGAGGUUGGUCCAACUUCGUUGAACGGAGACAUGCUGGCGAGUUUGCUGCGGCAGCAGUUGAAUAACUCAAGCUUGGAAGAAUCGGUGAACGGCUACGCCAAUGGAACAAUUGCCGACGAGACCGCCGCAAUGUCGCUAGAUCAUCCUCGGCCGUCUUCCACGUCGUCGACUGCGUCCGAAGCGGCAGUCGCAAAGUUGGAACAAGAAGCAGAGCAUCAGUCCGCAUGUGAAGUCGGCGUGAAACAACAUAUCAGCUCUAAUAUCAAAAGCCUAUUUCGGCUUGCGAAAAUCACGGGCAUCUCGCGUGCAGAAUUCCAAUCUCUAGUCAAGACGGAGUUGGAGUUGCUGAAUUUGUCUGAUGAGGAAUAA